AUGGUCAGGGCCGAUGCCCGCGGCGGGCUCCCGCUCGGGCCGCGCGCGCUGGCGGUGGUCGCCUGCGUCUUGGCCCCCGCGUGCCUGGCGUACCCGCAGCAGCGCGGCCGUGCCCUGGCGCCCGCUGGGGGCCCGCCCGCGCGGCAGGCGCCCCACCCGCGCGCGGCCCCCUCGGCGGGCGGCGACGGCGAGGCGUGCGAGGAGGCGGAGGACGCGCCCUUCAUGGCGCCGGGCCUGGUGCAGGUCGGCGCCCUGCUGCGCCCCCCGGGGUUCGCGCCCGCGGUGCGCCCCGCGGCCGUGGGGGCGAUCUCGGCCGGCGGGGCGGAGGCCCUGGGCGGGCCGCUGGCCCGGGCGGGUUCGCCGCUCGCGGCGCUGGGCGUCCGCGCAGGCCCGCCGGCGGGCGGCGAGCGCCCGCGGGCGGGCGGGGCCGCUGCGGGCGGGGCGGACGGGCGGCUCUCCUGGGCGGGCUCGCCGCUCGCGGCGCUCGGCGUCCAGGCCGGCCUGGCGCUGGGCGGGGGGCACGGGCGGGCGGGCGGGGCUGCGGCCGUCGUUCUCGCCGUCGGCGUCCUCGUGGUGUCUCUCCUUCUCCUCUGCGGCUGCGGCCUCGCUCGGCAGCGGGGCCCGCGCCCGAACGGUGCCGCGAGGAGCUUGCUGGAGCAGCAGCAGGCGGCCAGACCCCCAGCGCCCAUCGAGAAGCCCCAGGCAGGCCAGCCCUGCACUCCGGCCCCCCCGCCGCCCGUGCAGUCCGAGUCGCUGUCGCCGUUGCCGGCCUCCGCCGCGCCACCGACGGCCGUUCGAUUGCCCGCGCCUGCGCCCGCGACCGCGCCGGCACUGGUGUCCAGGUCUCACCCUGCUCCCGGCGACGCUCCGAUCCUCUGCCGGUCCCUGGUCGUGCCGCACCUGGAGUCGUGCUUCAGCAUAUCCAUGGAGCUUCUGCUCGGCCGCCGCUGGGGCACCGUGCAGAUCCAGGGCGGCGCCUCGGGCAGGACGCUGCUCGAGGCGUGCGUCGACGCGCGGCAGCUGAGCCUGCGCUCGCUGGGAAGCGACGCCGCGCCGCGCGUGACCAUCCGCAACGAGGAGGGCCCGCUGGCCAUCCACGGGCGGAGCGGCAGGCGCUUCGGCACCCUGGAGCCCGCCGGCGGCCCCGGCGACUGCGCGCUGCGCCUCGUGGACGGGGAG